CGGGAGGCGGAGGCGCCGCGUAGGCCCGGGAGACCGGGCUGGCGGGCCCGGGACCCAGAGCCCCAUGCGCCGCUGCCUCCCCCGACGAUGUUCCCCUCCCGGAUGAAAGCGGCACAGCUGCCCUGGGAGGACGGCAGGUCCAAGUUGCUCCCGGGUGGCCUCCCCCGGAAAUGCUCCAUCUUCCACCUCUUCGUUGCCUGUCUGUUAUUGGGCUUCUUCUCCCUACUCUGGCUGCAGCUCAGCUGCUCAGGUGACAUGGCCCGGGCAGCCAGGGAACAAGGGCAGGAGACCCCAAGCCCAUCCCGGGCCUGCCCCCCAGAGCUGCCCCCUGAGCACUGGGAGGAAGACUCGUCAUGGGGCCCCCACCGCCUGGCAGUGCUGGUACCCUUCCGUGAACGCUUCGAGGAGCUCCUGGUCUUUGUGCCCCACAUGCACCGCUUCCUGAGCAGGAAGAAGAUCCAGCACCACAUCUAUGUGCUCAACCAGGUGGACCAUUUCAGGUUCAACCGCGCUGCACUCAUCAAUGUGGGCUUCCUGGAGAGCAGCAACAGCACAGACUACAUCGCCAUGCAUGACGUGGACCUGCUGCCUCUCAAUGAGGAGCUGGACUAUGGCUUCCCUGAGGCUGGGCCCUUCCACGUGGCCUCCCCGGAACUCCACCCUCUCUACCACUAUAAGACCUAUGUCGGCGGCAUCCUGCUGCUCUCCAAGCAGCACUACCAGCUGUGCAAUGGGAUGUCCAACCGCUUCUGGGGCUGGGGCCGUGAGGAUGACGAGUUCUACCGGCGCAUUAAAGGAGCUGGGCUCCAGCUUUUCCGCCCUUCGGGAAUCACAACUGGGUACAAGACAUUUCGCCACCUGCAUGAUCCAGCCUGGCGGAAGAGGGACCAGAAGCGCAUUGCGGCUCAAAAACAGGAGCAAUUCAAGGUAGACCUGGAGGGAGGCCUGAGCACUGUGAAGUACCGCGUGGAUUCCCGCACAGCCCUGUCUGUGGGCGGGGCCCCCUGCACUGUUCUCAACAUCGUGUUGGACUGUGACAAGGCUGCCACCCCCUGGUGUACAUUUGGCUGAGUUGGCUAGACACGCCACACUGCUACUCAGGCUCAGGACAAAGCCUCAGGCCCCGGGCCCAGCUCCUGUAAGAUGUGGGGUGGCCUGAGGCAACAGAUAGCAAACUAUGUGUUUGCAGCAGCCUGUCCCCCAAAGGCAGGCUUGAGCCGGAACAGGACGCAUGGGGUGCAUGGGAUGCUGCUAGCAAUAGACAGUGAUCGGAGAGAGGCUGGGCUGUGGCUCCAGGCUGGGACUCUCCACCCUGUCUUCCUGCUCGGCCCACUCUACCCUCCUUUGCGUGCUGAGACCUGUGGGCAAUGAGUAGGGUUGAACAGGACAACGUCUAAUCAAGCUCGCUUUUCCUUCCCACUGGACUGCCUUGUGCAGAGGUACAGUUUAGAAGCCAUGCAGCUGAUGUAGGUGGCAGAUGUGAUUGGGAGGGCUAAAACUUCAGAAACCAGAGCACAAGCCCGCAGAAGGAAGCACUUGAUACCAGCUCUAGCUGUUUGUCACCACACAGGAAUGUGGGCCUAGUAUGGCCAGAUCUUCUGAUUUUUCAAAAGAAACUAGGAUGCUGGACUCUUAAGUGAAAUCUUCUGAUUUUUAAAUGAUAGCAACUAAUCGAAACUUUAAAAAAGUAUGGCAGGGCAAACAAAA